GCGACGUCGCCAUGGAAAAUGGAUUCUGUCAUAUGGUGUAACAUGUGGAAUACAACAUUCCAGGGAUGUUUGGCAGGUUGGAUGUGGAGAAUGAACAGAUUCAACCGGCCCAGUUCGACCACUGGGCUAUUCGUUGCCCUCGCAUGUGUUGUGGCUGGUAUGGCAGAGUGUAUGAUAUUCUGCGAGAAGAGAAAGAUUGCGAAAUAUGAGCGUAAAGUAGUGCCUCAAGAGAGGGAAACAGGGUCCAGUGGGUUUGCACCCGAAACAGAAAACCCUUUUUAAAUCUCUAGCUUACACUGAGUUCUAUAUAUAAUUAUCGUAAUUUUUUCUGCAUCAUGAGUCUGCCCCCUGUUGCACACUCAAAAUGAACCUCAAAACAUACUAGUUGUCCCAUAAUCUACCAAUUUGGCUAAACAGAAAUCGC